AUGUCCUCUUCCAACUCUCCUCCUUCCUCCCCUUCCACCAGCUAUCUGGAGCAGACCGUCUCGCUCCUCAGCUCCGUCGCCAGCUACAUGCGUCUGCCUGCACUGGCUUCAACGGGCAUCGCCGCCGUCCUCACGUCUCUGCUGUACUUCAAGCAAAAGGCAUUGAUUUAUCCGAGCCACAUUCCCGCAAAUUCUCGAACCGACAUUCCCAAACCUUCUGACUAUUCUCUCAAAGAUUUUGAGGAGCUGGUCAUCCCGACCGACGAUGGCGAGAAGCUCUCAGCCUACUACAUCCGCGGCCCGCGUGGCGGUCGGAACUCCAAUGUCACCAUAUUGAUGUUCCACGGCAAUGCGGGAAAUAUCGGCCACCGAUUGCCCAUUGCUCGCAUGAUCAUCAACUACAUUGGGUGCAACGUCUUCAUGCUCGAGUAUCGGGGCUAUGGCGCCUCCACUGGCGAGCCUGACGAGUCGGGCUUGAACAUGGACGCCCAGACCGGUCUCAACUAUCUGCGCCAGCGUGCCGAGACACGAGACCACAAGCUCAUCGUCUACGGCCAGAGCCUUGGCGGCGCCGUCAGCGUCAAGCUCGUGGCUAAGAACCAGGAAGCUGGAGACAUUGCCGGUUUGAUCCUUGAAAAUACGUUCCUUUCCAUCCGGAAGCUCAUCCCUUCCGUGGUGCCCCCGGCCAAGUAUCUUACCCUACUUUGCCACCAGGUCUGGCCCAGUGAGUCGACAUUGCCGAACAUCAACAAGGUGCCAACCCUCUUCAUCAGCGGCUUGCAGGACGAGAUUGUACCACCAAAGCACAUGCGCCAGCUCUUCGAGAUUUCCAAAGCCCCCUUCAAGCGGUGGAAGCCCCUGCCCGCCGGCGAUCACAACUCGAGCGUCCUUGAGGAAGGGUAUUUCGAGGCCGUGGCCGACUUUGUUGCCGAAGUGACAAGCGAGAAGCCACGAGAGCAAACUCGCUUAUAG